AUGAGCGGGUCCACCAAAACAUACGGUGAACACCUGCCCCUUAUAGACCCAGCAACAACCUUGGAAGGUGCUGUAAAUGACAUUUAUGAAGCCAUCAUCGAUGACGAUGAAGAUGAAAAUAAUGAGGAUGCAAUAUGGUUACGAGAACAAAGAACUUUGAACAAGGCCACUCACUGGAUGAAGAGGCCCUCGGCGGUAAUGAUAAGCUGCUGUGCUUUUGGCGUGGCAUUUGCAACUUCUAGUGGUGAAGCUACCAGAAACAUGAUAACGUUGAAACUUGCUUGUAAUUACUUGGCUAGUAGCAGCCACACCGGAGUUUGUGAUCCCAACGAAACCCAGUUGUUGGUGUCGAAUCUUCUGCUUGCAGUGAUGAUAUUGGCGGCGGUAUUUCUGCUUAUUGCACUGGGAAAAUUGGGUCCCUUGUCUGAUCAGCACGGCAGAAAACCUUUCCUUGCUUUGAUCAUUGGCGGCUUUUUGGUUGCCAGAGUGACUCGUUUCUACUUGAUGUACCACUAUGACACCCUUCGAUUUGGUUUGAUUGUUCUUUCGGAGACUCUUGGUAACAUGUUCGGAGGAGUCAUGUCUUUUGUCACUUUGACCAACUGCUACAUUUCCGAUGUAGUUGAGCCCCACGAGCGUAUUUACUCGUUGGGUUUGGGCAUGGCUGGUCUCUUUGUUGGAUUGUCUUUGGGGCCAGUGGUGGGUAACUUUAUCCUCUCCAAGUCUAUGGGCAAGACCAAGGUAGCAUCGAUGAAACAGUCAUACUACGCUAUAAUUGACCACGCAGAAUACAGACCGCUCCAGUUUGAAAUACUUAUUUUUGCCUUGGCCCUUAUUGUUUUCGUGGCGGUGGUUCCUGAGCUGAGAUCUGCAAAGGCCCGUGGAAAGUCCCGGUCGCUCUCGCGGUCUCUGUCGCUAUCUGCCAUCGACGCACCCGAAGCAGUUCCCCGGUCAAAUUGGUUCCAGGUGCUCAAUCCAAACUUUUUGAAACCUUUGCGGUUGUUGACUCUACCAGCAGAUGCAAUCACAAAUGCCCAUAGACGGAAUAUUCCUAGAGAGCGAAUCGUGGUUUUGACCUUGGUAAUAGUGGACUGCUUUUUGAUGUGUUUGGCGUUCCCAUGGGUCAGGUUUACGUCCUUAUGGAAUCUACGCAUUUGA